AUGGCCCCCCUCGCCCAGCCUGGGGCGCAGGGCGGGCGCGGCUCUAAGGGCCCCCCCGCUCGGAAGCUGCUCUGCAUGUGCAGCCUCUCGCUGUGCCUCACCUACCUGUGCUACAGCCUGAUGGGGGGCACCGGCCCGGCCGCCCUGCGCUCCCCCGCCGGCCUGCGCGGCUCCCCGGCCCCGGGCGCCCUGCGCGGCUCCCCGGCCCCGGGCGCCCUGCGCUCCCCCGCCGGCCUGCGCGGCUCCCCGGCCCCGGGCGCCCUGCGCUCCCCCGCCGGCCUGCGCGGCUCCCCGGCCACCCCCGCGCCCCCCACGCGGGCCAGCAACGCCAGCCGCCCAGCGGUGUCGGCGGCCGGCUGGCUCCGGACCGCGCUGGCCCCCGGCGAGGUGAUCGCGGCGCAGAGCGGCGCCUUCGAGAGGGACCCGCAGGAAUCCAGCACCACGGACGAGGAGCUGAGCCGGGCGGGCAGCACCACGCCGGACUACGGCGAGAAGCGGCUGCCGCAAGCCCUGAUCAUCGGCGUGAAGAAGGGGGGCACCCGGGCGCUGCUGGAGGCCAUCCGGGCGCACCCCGACGUGCGCGCCGUGGGCACCGAGCCCCACUUCUUCGACCGGCACUACGAGAAGGGGCUGGAGUGGUACAGGAAUGUGAUGCCCAAAACUCUGGAUGGACAAAUAACGAUGGAGAAGACGCCGAGUUAUUUUGUGACCAAUGAAGCCCCAAAGCGCAUUCACUCCAUGGCCAAGGACACCAAGCUGAUCGUGGUGGUGCGGAACCCCGUCACCAGGGCCAUCUCGGACUACACGCAGACGCUCUCCAAGAAACCUGAGAUCCCCACCUUUGAAAUACUCGCCUUCAAGAACCGGACCCUGGGACUGAUCGAUGCCUCCUGGAGCGCCAUCCGCAUCGGGAUCUAUGCGCUGCACCUGGAGAACUGGCUGCAGUAUUUCCCACUUUCCCAGAUCCUCUUUGUCAGCGGUGAACGGUUAAUUAUUGACCCAGCUGGAGAAAUGGCCAAGGUCCAGGAUUUCUUAGGCCUCAAAAGGAUUGUGACAGAGAAGCAUUUUUAUUUCAAUAAAACCAAGGGGUUUCCUUGUUUGAAGAAGCCAGAGGAUAGCAGCGCCCCCAGGUGCCUGGGCAAGUCCAAGGGUCGAACUCAUCCCAAAAUAGACCCAGAUGUUAUUCACAGACUGCGCAAGUUUUACAAACCAUUCAAUGUCAUGUUUUACCAAAUGACAGGUCAAGAUUUCCAGUGGGAACAGGAAGAAAGUGAGAAGUAAAGCCAAGACAGCAGGGAAAAAGCCAUCUGUUAUCUAGAGGUGAAUCGUUGUCAGAGACACGAAACUCGCACAGAGCUAAAGUCUCAGUCUUAUGACAAAGAGACUUGCAUUGUCAAGGUUAAAGUCAAGCUGAACAGCAUUUCCAGCUCUGAAACCUUCAUGUCACAGCGAGUACAGGUUGCAUUUGGGUCUGUUCAGAGCCCUCCCACUGUAUUGUAUUGCAAGAAUGGCUGGGGGGGCUCCAGUGGGACAGGGGAGGCUACCUGUUUCUAGCACUUUGUUCCUGGUGCUUCCUGUCUGCACCAGCCAGUCAGUGGUCCGUGAGUCCUACCCAUGGCCAGCGAAGGAUGAGGGAAGCUUAUAGAAUCCCAAUAGCGACAAGGCAAGCCGACAGAGUCAAUUUCUUCUGCACUACGUUAGUUUUGCCUUGCUGGCAGUCAGGUGGUAUCAGAUCACACACAAACAGCAAAGCUGCAAAGAAACUAUUUACAGGCACUUCACUUGCAUAUGAGUUACACCUUGCACUAGCUACCAACCAUUUACCAAGUGCCACAAAUAUCCUGAGCCCGAGUCUUUUCUCACUUUUGGGUGUAACUCCAUUAACUGAACAGAGUUGCUUCUGAUUUCCUCUGGUCUGCAGUGAGGCCAGAGGCCAGGCUUUCCUCUAAGUUCUCAUAUGCUCCUUUAGAUGAUCACACACUGAAAAACACUGUCAUGCACUGGCAUCCAAGGAGCCAGCUGAGACUGAUCUCAUGGGCUCCAUCCCAGAAAGCUUGGCCUGGACGCACUGCACAGUCUCCUAGCAGAAGGUGCAGGGUCUCAUUCACAGCUCUUCCUGCAGGCAGGUAGUGAAGUGGCAUUUCUCAAUCAUUCUGGAAACCCACUGCUUCCCUGCAUAGCAGAUGGCAGUUCAAGUUGUCAUUACAGGCAGUUUUUUAGUUCUUUGCUAGGUGGCCAUUAACCCAGAAGGAGCUCCUCUACUGAGGAAAACUUCAUCACUGUAUCGAGAGUGGUGUGCAAAAUCCAGAACCGGUCUGACUUUCAGAAAUGCUGAGCAGGCACAAAUGCCACUGAAGUCCCUGGGACCAUGGGUGCAAGCCGGUGGGAGUGUGGGUGCUCAGCACUUCUGAAAAUCAGGACUCAGCUAGGUUUGCAAAACCAUGAGACAUUGCUCAUCUUUGCUUCAAAAUCUGCAAAGAGGAGAAAAAGUCAUUUCCACCAAGUGAGCGCUCACUGCCCUGGAGAGAACUUCCUUUCCGAGUGGAAAUGACAAAGGUUUAUGAUCAACCAAAUUGGCAAAUCCCAAUGGAAACGAUAAGAUAAGCACCUGUCACUCCUAGAACCUCAGCAAAUCCAGAGCGAGCUGCAUGCCUGCAUCAGCAAAGACAAGGUAGCAGCAGUUUUACACAGCUGCACUAUAUUCCAUGUCCGUUACUGAAAAAAACCCAGGAACAGUGGACACGAAAAGAAAACACCGUGUUACCUGUGAGGGAACAUUUCCUUCCUUUGGGUGAUUUCUUGCUGUCAGGGGUUUCUUUUCUUUUCUUUUUCUUUUAUUUCCUGUUUAAAAAGAGCAGCAGUGGGGCCUGCGUUUGCAGGGGGAGGAGGGAAGGUGUUUUAUUUUUAUCAAGCCUCAGUGGUCCUUUGAGAUGUUGUGUUUGUUGCUGUUUGAAAGCAGCAAGAAAACACAGCUUAAGUAUUCCUGAGCAAGACCAAGCCUCUGUUUUGAUUAAAGUGGCAAGAAAUCCUUGUUGAUCCAACUAACCAAAGGAAAUGUCACUAAAACACCGUUAAGCUAGGUAACAAGCUGAACCUGCUUUGGGUUUCAUGGCCUGUCGUGUGGUUCAUUACACAAUAAAGUGGUGCUAGUGCUUUGGAUUGUAUAAAAGGAGCUAAAUUCAUUUGUCGGAUUUCGACUGUGGGCUAGGUUUGGGGAGAAUCACGUUCGUUCCUGCUGAAGUAAAUGUCAGUUCAUAUUAGCCUGAUUAGGUUUUAAAACAGCAUCUGACAUAAAACACUUUCUCACCGACCUGCAAACCCAGAAAUGUAUUGUACAAACACUGCAAAUAUGUAGUAAGGGCGGACGUUCAGUUGUUUCAGAUGUAAUUAAAACGUUGUUUCUUCUGCUAAAUGAGAGCUGGGUUGUUUUGCCAUUUUGUGCAAAAUGAUUCAUGGCUUCAGAUGGAGGGAAUUUUUUUUUAAAUCUUCCCAAUUUCUAGGGUCCUGCUUACAUGGACACCCAAAGCCUUUUCUUAUUUCACAGGCCCCGCAAACCCUGAGCUCGUUUUGGUCUCAUUCCUGCCCGAUGCUGAGCCCUGCCCAGAAAUACGAGGUUGCCCGUCAGCACGGGGAAUCAUAAAAUCAUAGAAUAUCAGGGUUGGAAGGGACAUCAGGAGGUCAUCCACUCCAACCCCCUCCUCAAAGCAAUACUAAUCCCCAACUAAAUCAUCCCAGACAGGGCUCUGUCAAGCCGGCCCUUAAAAAUCUCUAAGGAAGGAGAUUCCACCACCUCCCUAGGUAACCCAUUCCAGGGAACUCAGCACUGGCAGGAUCAAGCUCUUUCAACUAAUCUUUUCAAAAGAGGAUUAAAAAGUUCAUUUUCGGACAGUGGUUUCAUUAGCAGUCAGAACAAUGCUGUGUGAACCAUGGCUGUGCUGGGGCAGCCUGCCCACCCCUUAGCAACAGCCUGAGCAAGGGGGAGCUUUUCGUUCCCACACAAGACCCUACUGGGCUCAGAGGCCCCCCCAUAGGAACCCCUCCUCCCCCGACCACACCAAAAAUGUUCUUUGCAUAUUUUAAAAACCCUAAAAAUGCCAAGUAUCAGAGGGGAGCCAUGUUAGUCUGGAUCUGUAAAAGCAGCAAAGAAUCCUGUGGCACCUUAUAGACUAACAGGCAUUUUGGAGAUGCAUGCAUCUGACGACGGGGGUAUUCACUCAUGAAAGUUCAUGCUCCAAAAUGUCUGUUUGUCUAUAAGGUGCCACAGGAUUCUAAAAAAAGCCAGAGUGUUGUGCUGCUCCCUAGUCAGGGGCCACCGGGGAUCAGCCAGGACAGCAGAGGCCGUGGAUUGCGUGUGGCCUUUGGCUGCUCUUUUCACAGGUCCAUUCCUGGAAGGAAAAGAGACUUGAGUCAAGAUGCUGCCUGUGCCGCUGACGCUGUGGUUCCACAGACUGGUGAAAGCUUUUGGCCCGUAGCUGGGAAGGAGACGUAGCUCCAGUUUGCACCUGGAUGAAGUACAGUCACCCUCUACCCAUUUGCUGUAUUCCCAGAGCAGCAACAAAAUGCUGAGCCAGGAUUCAGACAGCAGAGCAUGGCCAUGUGCUUAAUGCUGCAUCCCUUCGCCACCCUCUGGAAGAAGCUUGCUUCACCCCGGCCAGCUCGCCCGCCCAGGCACUAGCAAUGGAAACAGUUACAAAGCUGCGUGUUCUUGCAGUGAGACGCUCUGGAGGAAGAAGGUCCUGUUUGGCUGCUACAAUGGAACUAGACCUGUCUGCAUUCAGGGGAUGCUGAGCCACCGGGGCUGCUUGCCCAGUCUUCUUUUUGCCAUAUUUUAAGAGGUUUAUUUUUUAUAUGGGUUACUUCCCUGCGCUUGGGAGGUGGCGCUAACUGACUCCUGCACUUUUCCAACUGCAUUGCUCGUCUGCAGGCCUGUCCAGGGGCUAAGACUCCGGUGAACAUUAAUAGCCUGCUAAGAAAUCAAGGAGCCAGGAGAGACUCAGGUGCCUGAGGGUGGCUGUUCACUAGCACCACGCAUGAUGCUGUUUGCUGUUGCUCUCGGGAAGGGGAGGCCUGGCACAUCUGGCCAUCAAGAGGCGGCGACAUGCGUUGUCAGCUUGCGUGAGAUGGUGACCUUUGUCCCUGCGCCGUCAGUGACAAGUCUCUGCCUUUGUAAUGUGCUAAUGUGACCAAGGAGUUAUUUUCUCUCCAGCAAGAGAGGGAGCAACCUGCUAGGAGGGAGUUGGGUUAAUUACUUUUUUUUUUUUUUUUUACUAUUUAGAUGUCACAUUACGACACACAGGAGAUUGAAUUUUGUAUUUGAUUUCCAUUAGCAAAGCAUAAAUUAUAUUUAAUUUUAUACACAGAGAAUGGAUGAUUCAUUGUUAUGGAAAAGCUGGUACUUAAUGGUUCAGAAAUGAAAAUGGACAAUUCGUCCUUUUGAAAGCAAACUGCUGUUCUGUCAUCUGCUCCAAGCACGUCUGUCUGUGUCAUUCUGUACCUGACCGAUACGAACGUCUGAAAAUCUUCAACUUAACACUUGAACUGGAACAGCACUAAACAAUAAACAUUGUAGCAGCCGCAUUGCUCCGCUCCAUUUCUCCUUGGUCUCUGCGUGGGUGAGUGGCAGGGCUGAGGGAAUUCUCUGCACUAUCCCCAAUCGACCUAAUACCACAGAGACAGGUCGGGUCGGUGCAGGAGCCUGGGCCCAGUCAGUCCCUUGAGUGCAGGUAGUGGGAGCUGUUCCCCUCUUAGUUUUCCAUGACCGGGAGCACAAAUCAGAUCCAAAAGGACCUGGGAGCAGGAAGAGAACAAACCAUGUAGCUGCUACUGGGGCAGAAAAUCCACUUCAUUAGUUGGGGGGGCUCUGUGUCUUGCUUGGCUAUCCUCACUGGGCUGAGGGCCCGGGGAGCCGGUGUCACUUCCUGGGAAGGACAGAACCAGCAGCAAGUUAAUGCUGCCAGCUUUGGCUGAGCGCUGCCUACGCAUUUCCCUGUAUGACCUUUUUAAUGGCAUGUUGAAAGGGUGUUUGGCUAAUUGCAGGAAGACAAUGAUUCUCAGUCCACAUAUGCCCAUAGCUGAUGGCUAGGUCACCCCUUCCCCAGUGCUCUGCUGCCCACCUUUGCUAGCCCUAGACUGCAGCCAAGCAGCAACGCAGUCUCCUUUGCAGGGCCAUGUGCGGAACUAGCACACACAGAGGAUGUGUCUCAGGGAUACAGGAGCCUGUCGCAGCCGGGCCAGGUCAGCCACUGGGAGCCAGGGGCUCAGUCAACAAUGGGCGUCCCUGUUUCUCUGCUUGUGAAUUAGCCACAGACUGGCUGGGAUUGUUACGCACUUGUGUCAUCUUGUAACAUGCCUUGCAAGGGCAUUUCAGCCCACGGGACACUCACAAACCAUCCCGCCCUGUCCUGCCCUGCCCUGCCCUGCCCCUGCGGGGCUCUGAUUAGCUCAGUGAUGGUAGAUGGCUCACCCAAGCUCACCCAGUCCACAAGCAGGCAACCAACUCUUUUAACAGCAGCAGGAGAGAGAAUGAUUCCCAGGGAGCUGCACAGAGCUGUGUGAACACCCAGUAUGCUGGGGGCCCCUUCCUCUGCACCCACUGCCCCAUAUGUCAGGGCCCCUCAGCUCUGUACCCUGGGCCCAAUGGGCUGGGGCCUCUUGCUCUGUGUAAACAAAGUAUGUCUUUGCAGACAAUGAAUGGAAUUGCAAACAUCAUCAAUUUAUAUCAAUCAGAAGCUAGGAAUUGUCACAACUUGAUAAGGGAAGCAAAGGGACACAAGAAGAAAUCUAUGGCCAACAGAGUUUAAGACAAUAAGAAGGAGUUAUUUAAGUAUAUUAGAAACAAAAAGAAUCCUGACAAUGGUAUUAGUCCAUUACUAGCUGGAAAUGGUAGAAUUAUCAAUAAUAAUGCAGAAGAGGCAGAAGUGUUCAGUAAAUAUUUUUGUUCUGUAUUUGGAGAAAAAACAUGAUGCGGUCACGUCAUACGGUGAUAACACUCUUUCCAUUUCAGUAGUAUCUCAGGAGGAUGUUAAACCACAGCUACUAAAAUUAGCUAUUUUUAUGUCAGCAGGACCAGAUAGCUUGCAUUCAAGAGUUUUAAAGGAGAGGGCUGAGGAGCUCUCUGGACCGUAAUGUUGAUUUUCAAUAAAUUCGGGAGCACUGAAGAAGUUCCAGAAGACUAGAAGAAAGCUAAUGUGACAAUAUUUGAAAAAAGGUAAAUAGGAGGACCCAGGCAGUUAUAAGCCAGUCAGUCUAUCAAUCCUGGACAAGAUAAUGGAGCAGCUGGUACAGGCCUUGAGUAAUAAAGACUUAAAGGAGGGUGAUAUAGAUAAUUCCAAUCAACAUGGGUUUAUGGAAAAUAGAACCUGUCAAUCUCAUGUAAUAUUUUUAUGAGAUUACAAGUUUGGUUGAUAAAGGUAACAGUGCUGAUGUAACAUAUUUAGACUUCUAUAAGAUAUUUGACUUAGUACCACAUGACAUUUUUAUUAAAAAGCUAGAACAAUAUAAACUUAUCACAGCUCACAUUACAUGGAUAGGCCUCACAAUGUAUUUGUAAAUAGGGACUCACCAUGAAGUGGCUGUGUUUCUAGUGGGGUCUCAGAGAGACUGGUCCUUGGCCCUAUGCUAUUGACAAUUGUAUCGAUGAUCUGGAAGAAAAUAUAAAAUCAUCACUGAUGAAGUUUGCAGCUGACACAAUAAUUGUGGGAGUGGCAAAUAAUGAAGAAGACAGGUCACUGAUACAGAGUGAUCUGGAUUGCUUGGUAAGCUGGGCACAAGGAAACAAUACGCAUUUUAAUACAGCUAAAUGUAAAUGUAGACAUCUAGGAGCAAGCAUGUUGGCCACGCUUACAGGAUGGGGAACCUGUCCUGGGGAGCAGCGACACUGAAAAGGCUUUUUUAGGGGGAUGGGGUGGAUAAUCAGCCAAACAUGAGCUCUCAGUGCAACCCUGGGGCCAAAAGGGCUAAUGUGAUCCUGCGAUGCAUAAACAGGGAAAUCUCUAGUAGGAGCAGGGGGGUGAUUUUAUCUCUGGGUUUGGCACUGGUGCGACCACAGCUGGAAUCCUGUGUCCUGUUCUGGUGCCCACAGUUCAAGAAGGAUGUUGAUAAAUUGGAGAGGGUUCAGAGAAGAGCCAGGAGAAUGACUGGAGGAUUAGAAAACAUGAUUUGUGGUGAUUGAGCUCUUUGAGUCUAUCUAUUUAGCUUCACAAAGAGAUCACCAAGAGGUGACUUGCUCACAGUCUGUAACUCUAUAUGGAGAACAGACAUUUGAUAACGGGCUCUUUAAUCUAGCAGAGAAAACUCCAACACAAUCCAAUAGCUGCAAGUUGAAACUAGACAAAUUCAGACUGGAAAUUUUGCAGUGAGAGUAACUAACAGGGAGUAAUUAACCACUAGAACAAUUUACUAAUAGUCAUGGUGGAUUCUCCAGCACUGAAUUUUUCAAUCAACAUCAGCUGUUUUUCUAAGGGUCUGUCUACACAGGAAACAAACCCCCCCGGCUGGCCCGUCCCAGCUGAUUCAGGUUCAUGGGGCUCGGGCUGCCAGGCUGUUUCAUCACUGUGUAGACUUCUGGGCUCCAAGACCCUUCCACCCUGCAGAGUCCCAGAGACUAGGCUCCAGCGUGAGCCUGGAUGUCUACACAACCAUGAAAUAGCCCAUGGCUUGCGUCAGCUGGCGUGGACCAGCCGUGGGUUUUUCUUGCUGUGUAGACAGACCCUAAAAGCUCUGCUCUAGGAAUGAUUUAGGGCAGUUCUCUGGUCUGUGCUCUACAGCAGGACAGACGAGAGGAUCACGAUGGUCCCUUCUGGCCUUGGAAUCAGUGAAUCAAUGUAACAUAGCAGCUUUUGUUUGAUAGACACAAAGCCAGUUAGUUACAAUGGCCCCUCGGUGCCCCAAGCGGAGCACCCAGUCUGGAGACAAGAUAGUGGUGAGUGAAGCCAGCAAGGGAGAGCCCAGCAGCUGGCAGCAGGAUGGACAGGUGUUUUCAUGCUCUAGCCGUGUGCACAAUGUAGAAGUAGCAUUUAAAGAGCUGGUCAGCAGCCUGUUCUCUGCUCCCACUGCCCUGCCCUAUCAGCUCACAGCGGCGGGCGGGAGAGCCUUGCAAGAGCUGGGUCACAGCCUUUGGCAGGCUCUGAACCCCACAUGGCAGCUGUGGUUGCAUCUGAGAAGGAAGGGCCCGUGCAGAGUGCUGCCCAGCUCACAGGCCAGUAGCAGACAGGGCCCUGAUCCACUCUGAGCACUGAGGUCUCAGUGCCCAGCCCUCUGGUCUCUUGCAAUCCACCAAAUACCUAUUGGCCCAACUCUGCACGGCUCCCCUGGACAGCAGGAGGAGACCCCUUAGGACCAGGGCAAGAUUCAGUGAUUGGCAGGGGGAGCUCUGUAACACACACACACACACACACACACACACACA